AGAACAAAGGAAUCUCUAGUCUUUUUGUAUUUGUAGUCACUGCUAAUAGCAUAUGGUUGGUUUCGCGUAAUUAUGGAUUUAGAUUAAUGAUACGCCUGAAUUAAUGGCAAGAGAGAAAAUAUUUUAAUUCAAAUACCUUCCUGAAGAAGUGGCGCGACGAUAGAGUCGACAAAAUUAGUAACGAACAUAUAAGGGUGGAUGAGUGUGACCUCUAGUGUCUCAUUGUGCUCGUAAAAUACGAAGUAUUAUUGAAGUUUUUUACGAUAUUUUCUUAAUAGUUUAUACUGUGAAGGACAAUUAAUGCUGUGAAUCGUUCGAUCUCAGCACGUCCAUCUGGUCACAUGUACGAGCAAGAAAACAUGAUCUGUUCGCCAUAACCAAACUGCGAUCGUGCCGUUCUUUACAGCUCCAUCUCUCAAUAAUUUAUGGAAACCUGAUAGAUAACAAUAUCAAUAAAUAACGAUAGCAAUUAAAAAUAUCAUCGUACAAAUUUAAAGCCUAAAAUGCAACAUCAAUGUCAAGGUUAUUCUAUGUAAUUGACGCUCUGAAGUAAGCCGUUCAAAGAUGUACGAAAAUCUGUUCAAGAAUCCUCUUCAUCGUGUAUUCGUGUACGGAACACUAAAACGGGGCGAACCGAAUCAUAGUUUGAUUCAGGAUGCAGCAAAUGGAUACGCGAAAUUUCUGGGAAUUGGAAGAACCGCAACUCCAUAUCCCUUAAUAAUUGCUACCAGAUAUAACAUACCAUUUUUGUUGAAGAAACCAGGAAUUGGUCACCUUGUCUUUGGCGAAAUAUACGAUGUUGAUACAAAGAUGUUAAAAAAACUGGAUGAACUGGAAGAACAUCCUGCGUUUUACGAAAGAUUUCAAGAAGAUAUACUUUGGGCUACCGAGGCGAAGGCCAAGGCAGCCACUAACUUCGACGAGGUCGGUAUCUUGACAAGGGUCUGGAUAUAUUUUCUCCCAAAGUUUAAGGCAUCCCUGUUGGAGGGACCCAUGUACAGCUCAUAUAGCAACGAAGGAAACCAUGGACUCAAGUAUUGCGAAAAGUAUGUUCGUGAUGCCUCGUGCGAUCACAGAAAAGAAGUUCAAUGACAGUGAUCCCCAAAACUAUGUAUUUCUUUCCAGCGAUGAGAGUACGAUAAGACCAGAAGAUCUGCGUUGACCAAGCGUUUUUACGAACCCCCCUCAUUAUCUACCCCCAGUCAGAUGAUCGUGGCUACAUUAUAUUAUUAUUUGUGUUAAUUAAUAAAAAGUCGUUCGUUGAUUCAAA